GAAAAAAAACACAAAAGUGACUCAUUGAGUUGCUAUAGGUUAGCCUUUAGCUAAUGCUUGUUGUAUAAGCAUUGGAGGUGAAGUGGUGCCUUAUAAUAAGAGAACACAAAACGUAUAUGUUUCUUGUGAUCAAGGUCAGUAUAUCGUAAAGAAAUAUGAAGUUGAAGAAAUAUGCGAUACGAAACAUGGCAUGAUGCUACGUAGCAUAGCAGUAUAUUUGAUGCGGGCUUGAGACAGAGUGGAGUUUUCUAUGCUGUGCUCCUAAAAGUUUAUUGUUUUAUAUCGAUAAAUGCACUUAAAUCAUUCCUGGAUAGUUUGACGUGAUUUUAAAUGUACAAGAGAAUAAAUAAUACGCUUUUGCUAGAGUUUUCGAGUCGGAAGACUGUAACGUUAGCGUCCCAGUGAAAUGAGGCUGUAGUGGUGUUUGGCUUGUAAAUGAAUCGCUUAAGUGAAUGAAUUGUCCAUUUCCACGUAUCGACUCAGAUUACCCCCCCUUUUCAAGCGCGUAGCUGCUUUCCGGCCUUUUUGUAGUACGAAAGAAUCUUUGCUGAUGAACUGAUUCAAAAGAUUCGAGUCACCGGGAUGAAUCAGAUCCCGCCGCUACUGCGCUGUCAUUUAUGGAGAGGGAGGGACUGUGUGUUUGGCGCUCAAAGGCGCGCUCUGCUUUUGAACAGAGAACUGGAAAACUGGGAGACAGGGAGCCAUCUUUUGAGAGAGGUUGGGAUAAGCUGGAUCAUGAAGAAACCUGUACCACAGAAAGUAGCUAUUGAGUGGAAAGAUGGCAAACGGAUCAAGCAUGCCCGCAGUGGUCGCCCCUCUCGUGUCCCAUCACAGUACCAAGGACAUUUUAGUUGGGAGAAGUACCUAAAAGAGACCGGAGCAAUUGCUGCUCCUCCUCACUGCUUCAGACAGAGUACGACUCCUCCAGUGAAUGAGUUUAAGGCUGGCAUGAAGCUGGAAGCUCAGGAUCCUAGAAACACUACAUCCACCUGCAUCGCAACUGUGGUGGGCCUGACGGGCUCCCGCCUCCGCCUGCGACUGGAUGGUAGCGACAACAAGAAUGAUUUCUGGCGCCUGGUGGACUCCUCAGAAAUCCAGCCUAUUGGGAAUUGCGAGAAGAACGGAGGCAUGCUGCAGCCACCACUAGGGUUUCGUCUGAACGCAUCAUCAUGGCCCAUGUUCUUAUUAAAAACACUCAACGGAGCAGAAAUGGCCCCAGCCCGAAUCUUUCACAAGCAAGAACCACCAGCCCCAGAACAAAACAGUUUUCAAGUGGGCAUGAAGCUGGAGGCAGUGGACAGGAAGAAUCCUCACUUCAUCUGUCCUGCCACAGUGGGCGCGCUUCGGGGUGUGGAGGUUCUGAUCACCUUCGAUGGCUGGCGGGGCGCUUUUGAUUACUACUGCCGCUAUGAUUCCAGAGACAUCUUCCCAGUCGGCUGGUGCGCGCUUACUGGAGACAACCUGCAGCCGCCAGGCACUAAAGUUGGGUUACCAAAGACGAUAGGUGCACUUAGUGCCCUACCAGAGGGUGGCAUAGAGGGGACAGGCAUGCCACCUACGCCAGGCAGACCCCCACCCCAGAAGAAACGUAAGCCUGGCCGCAAAAAAAACAAACUAUCUGGGCCCUGGGGUCAGAAAGGAACACUUGGUUCCCAGACAAGCCAGACUGGAAAGGAACUAGAAUCUAUUAACAUCCCGAAGAAACGAGGCCCCAAACCAGGAAGCAAGCUAAGCUGGGCCAAGAGGACAGCGUGGCUUGAAGAAACAAUCGGAGGACCUGGUAGACCUAUCAGCAAACCCAGAGGCAAACUGCCAGCCAGUUGGUCCCAGAGCGCAGCAGAGCCCAACAGACCCAUCAAGAUCCCAAAAAAGAGAGGCCCUAAACCUGGAAGCAAGAGAAAACCCAGAUUGGGACCCAACCCUAUGCCAACCUCACCAAGCAGUAGCACUCCAGAGCCAGACACCAGCUCAGUUCCGCUGGACAAUGCCACCAUUCCCAGCGCUGCCCUACAGGCCCCUACAGUAUGUGUGUAUCUGAAUAAGUACGGGAAAGUGGGUCCCCAUCUGGAUGCACGCCGUAUCCAGUCACUGCCAGAUCACUUUGGCCCGGGCCGAGCUUCUUCUGUGCUGCAGCAGUGUGUUCAGGCCUGUGUUGACUGCGCACAUAACCAGAGCUCAAUCUUUUCCUGCCUCAAACCAGGCCACGGAGGAGAGCUCAUAUCUGCCUACUUUGAGCAGCAGCACCACACUCUAACACUGCCGGCAGUGAACAGUGUGACGUAUGUGCUGCGUUUCCUGGAGAAACUGUGUCACAACCUGCAUUGCGACCCAUUGUUCGGCAGUCAGCCCGUCCCUGUGGGAGGAGUUCACUAUGACAGCCGGACGUACACAGAGAGGAGAAACUUUGCUGAAAGUCUGAGUUCUGGCCCUGGUCGGGGCACUAAGAGAUUCUUCCAACAUGAUGCCUACAACAGCAACUCUGCACCGCACAAAAUACCUAAAAACCACCGUCUCUCCUUAGAAGAGCCCUUCCUGACGGAGAAUGGGGUUGGCAGCUCAGAGGUGUUGGAGAAAACCCACUUGUCCCCUGGACAUGGCUUAGCAAUGCGUUCCCUUUCUCAAAGUAGCAACUCAUCGGGGAAACUACAUCGUCUAGGCUCAACAGGUUCAGAGCGUUUUCUGAGCUCGAGAGAAAGCCCACGACCCAGUGGACAAGACCCCAACCUGUGGACAGUGGAGGACGUUAUGCAGUUCAUCAGAGAUAUCGACCCUCAACUCGGACCCCACGCAGACCUCUUCCGCAAACAUGAAAUUGACGGCAAAGCUCUUCUCCUGCUCCGCAGUGACGUCAUGAUGAAAUACAUGGGGCUGAAGUUGGGUCCUGCCCUUAAACUCACCUUUCACAUUGACAGACUAAAACAGGGCCGUUGAACUUUCUUUAUGGCACUUGAAUGGGUUUCAACCUUUACCCCUUCCAAGCACAUUUCAAGAUGCAUGGCAUGCUGGGAUCUUUGUGUCCCCCAGUACUGUAGCAGGUGUCGGCAAGCUUUCAAGCUCCGCCCAUCUCUUUUACCUUCCUUUUGUUCAAUAGUUCGUUUCUCCAGGUUUUAAUGCAUUCUGUUAUUAAUUAUAGCACUGUUACAAUCUGUUUUUAUGACUGAUAUCCUUGCGGUUGUUCUCACAUUACACUUACGGUUACGGUACCGUAUCAGAACAUUUCACAUGUUCAGACUUUACUGAAGCAGUGAAGUAGACAGUAUAAAGGCCGUUUUGAGGCCUUGAUUUUUAUGACAUACAUUUAAUUAUAUAUUUUUCACCCUACAUCAUUAAGGGUGUUUUGUAUGGCUUUUUUAUACAAGACUCAUUUUCUUCAAUUAACUCCAGAUAAACACUAGAUCUCCCCCAUCAUGCCAGGAAUCACUCCUGACUGACACCUCAGAGACCAUCACUCAUCCUCCAUACUUUAUACACAUAACGUGUUUAGGAAUUAAGAUGCGGUCACACCAGACUUGGUGCAUGCAAAAUUACCUGAGAACAAAUAUGGCCAACAGGAUAUAAUGUCACUCUCUAUACCAUCUGUUUCAAUCUAUUAUAACUGACAAAUACCUUUUUUCUUAAAUUUUUUGCAUUGCAUUUGGCCAAAAGAUCAAUCUUUGACAUUUAGAUCCUCUGUUUGUCAAAUGUCUUGUGUCAUUCCAAUUAGCAGUUCAAAACAAAGCACACAACUUUUUAGUUAACUUGCAUUCAUGAGUUCAGAUGCAUGACAGGAAGUCUAGUAUGACCGCACCUACUGCUACAUACUGCUAUUAUACACUCUGCCUGUAUUUUAUAUCGUGUUGUUUACACUGUCUUUGUUAUUUGUACUUUUUACACUUUUAGAGUGCAUACGUUGACAGCGUUAUACUCUAAGCUUCAAUUAAAAAAUAUGGAGCUUUU